CUGAGUUUUUUCAUCUUGACACCUGAAACUUGUGCAGCUCCAUUCCUCGUCAAGCAGCUGCAGCUCAACAGCGUCUGUCGUCUCACUCAGAGAGGGCGAAACCUGCGGACAAACACGGCAACACAACUUUAAAUUGAUGGCUUUACUCAGCUUGCUUUUGGGGUUAUUUGUCUUCGUUUUGGAACCAGUCGAGGCAGAGACAACACAAAGCACCCUAGACCCUCUGGAUGUUUCUAUUUGUCACGGUGGGCUGGAAGUAAUCUAUCCAGAACUGGACGUUGACAAAUGCCUUAUGAUUCCAAAGAACCACAAAUUCAGAGAGAAAAUCAGCACUGUUUGGAAAGCCCCGCAGAUCUACUUCUCUGGAGCAGAGAAGAAAAAGACGUACGUCCUGGUGAUGGUUGAUCCUGAUGCUCCCAGACGCUCCCAGAACCCUGCUUACUGGAGGCACUGGUUGCUUGUGAAUAUAAAGGGCUACUCACUGGAGAAAGGAGAAAUGCAAGGCAUGACUCUUACUGAUUACCAUCCACCGACGCCGCCGCAGAAGACUGGUUUCCACCGUUACCAGUUCAUGUUAUUUGAGCAGCCUCCUCACACAAAGAUAUCACUCACUGAAGAGGAGUCUUCCCGUGGUAAAUGGGAUUUUCAGGCCUUCGUCGAAAGGUUUACGCUUGGGGAACCAGUGGCUGCCUUGCAGUUUCUCACCCAGAACUACAAGGACUAAAGGAUGCUCAAAUACUUCUAUCAGAAUAAGAAUACAACAGUACAAUUAUACAAACUAAACUAUUUCUUCAUUUGUAUUGUUUCCCUGCUUUCCAUGCAUUAAACUGUAGAAAUUCUUCAAAGCUUGCACCACCUUCUAUCUUAUCGUUGAGUUCAAGAGAUAUUUCCUCUCUGUGUUGCUCUAGCUGAAGGGUUUUUGAUGUCGCCCCGUAUCUCUGGUCUCGUGGUUGGGAGCAAAGGAUUUGGGAGAUAGAUUUCAACUUCACUGGGGAUUUCUUAAUAGUUUCCGAACACAGACGACAAGAGAAGGAAGACGGCCCUGAUAUCACAACUUAGUGUGGAAAGAGUUAUUCUAAUUCAGGGGCCGGAAACACGUCAGGGCCAAAAAAAAGGAAGUGGGAGGUGAAACUAAGACCGCAGCUCAGCCGGAUGCUGCAGUGGAACUUGAACUAAAAUACUCUAGAGUGACAGGACAAGGGGGAGGGGCUGUCAGGCCUGUCAUGCACCAAGUUAAGGGAACUUGCUGUUUGUGUCAUUGUUUAUCAUAUUUCCAUUGACCACUCUCACCCCGACUGGAAAAAAUGAGCUGCUUUCAGGUAUCUGGUUUAUCUGAAGAAGCAGCUGCUGAGUUUUCGAUGUGUCCUUCAGUAUAACUUCAGGACAAUGAACCCGUUUUGAACUUGAGAGAGUUGCAUAAGAGCCUCACCUGGCAGGUCUGCAGAGGAUGGUGUGGGUAAACUUUUCAACCCAUCCACACUAAAAUGCUCUACAGACUUUACAGGUCUUUGUAGAGGAUGGGUCAGACUCCCGUCCCCCGCCCCCAUGAAGAAUAUUGGUUUCUAACCAGCAACUCUCCUCCCGGGAGUGUUUGUAUCAAUACCCCAGAUGUCUGAAAAAGGGUGGAUUUACAUGAGUGACUUUGAUGUUCUGAUGAUCAAUCUUUAGUUGGUGGUUUCAUUGACCCUGGUUUGGUGUCUCAUCAGUGGGAUAGGCAGGAGCAGGUAAAGGAGGCUUUUGUGCCUUUGGUGGAUAAGCCAGCCUUGGUAACCCCCAAUGUGCCCUCUCCAUGAACUCUGGAAGAUCAUUGAUCAAUUGUCCAGCAUGUGCUUUGUUUGCCUCCCAGACUCAGCAGUCAAAGCACCCAAGUUCACAAACAAAACAACCAAAACAAUACACACGGGCCCACAGUAAGCGAGAAAACCCACUGCUUUUGAACGCACAAUAAGUACCCAUCGGUUCGAGUGCUGCUCCUGACCUUGAUUUGCUCGUCUUAUUUGACUUAUAAAAUCACAUUUCUAACAACUGGCAAGUGGAGGAUAAUUCCACACUCAUUGUGAAGCAUGCCAAGUAGGAGAGCAUUCUUCCAAAAAACACCUACUUGAAUCCAUCAGUACAAGACUGAAAUGCCAAGAUGUGCACUUCCAAAUGCACUGUGCAUUUUUCCUUCUCCUUUAUGUUUUAGAGAUAUCCUGCCAAACCAGCUGGGUUUUGCCAUUCAGUUUCCUCGAACGUGUUUAUUUUUACUCCAAAUGUCAAGAGUUAAAUCUUAUGAUUAAUAAAAAUUGACAGUUAUAGUUCAGUGCUGGAUAGUAUAUACGCUUCUCACUUUCCCUGAUGAUGUGAAUAAGGCUUUCAAGAUUUUCUUUACUGAAGUCAAUAUUACCGUAGUUUAUCAUUUUUAUAAUCAGAUCAGUUGUCUCAUUGGCAAAAAGUGGUCCAAUAUGCAAGAUAAUGCUAAGAAUUAUUUCACCAGAGAAUUUCUGAGUUACUCCUUGUUGAGAGUUGUGCUAGAAUGAAUUUAAGAGGAACAUCUGAUCAGUUAAUAUUCAUACAGUUUAUAUUUCCAUAUCUAACUGCACAUGUUGGAUGCAGUUUGAAUUCCUCAGGAGAUUUGAGUCCUGUCUCAGAGUGAAAUUUUUCUUUCAUUCAUCCAUGUUUCUGGGUAACUGAAUCUUUUUUUUUUUUUUUUAUCUAAGCACAUAUUUUCAUCUCAUCAUAUAAAACCCCAUAAAGAAGGUGACCUUUAACAUGUCUUCUGGUGAAACUAUUGGAAAGUUGCAACAAAUGUGUGGCCAAAAGCUUCUCUAAUUUUAUUUUCAUUUGUUUUAGUUUUGUGCGAAAAGUACUUUGCUUCCUUUUGCAUUCAUUAAACUCUACUAGCAUCUGUGGUUAUACAAAUCUAUGAUACAUGUGGGUGACCUGCACCUGUACCGUUUCAGCACCUGAUUCAUACAGUUAUUUGCAAAUGUAUUCCUACUUUUCCAAUUUUUUUUCAUGUCAGAACUACAAAGUUUAAUGUUUGUCUGUGGAGUUUUAAAGAGGACGUAGUUUGUAACUUUUGAAGUGGAGGGAACAUGAUACAAGGUUUUCAAAAUCCUUGUUGUGUAAAAAUUGAAAACUGUUCAUUUGUGUUCAGCCCCCCUGAGCCAAUAUAUUGUAGGAACCUUUGUUGCAAUCACAGCAGGAAGUCUUUUGGGAUUUAUCUCAACCAGCUUUCCAUCUGUGAAUGUUAAAUGUUCUUUAAUUAUUAUUAUUUAUUCCUCUAAAGCAUUCAAAGAUAGCUCUGUCUUCUUUUGGGUCAUUGUCCUCCUGGAAGGUGAACCUUUUGAACUAGUCUCCGGUCUUUUGUAGCCUCUAACAGGUUUGCUUCCAGAAUUUCCUGUUUCUCUUCCAUCCAUCUUCCUAUCAACUCUGACCAGUUUCACUAUUCCUGCUUAAGAAAAGCAUCUUUAUUGUAUCAUUAUGGCCCAUAUGCCCUAUUCCUUGGUCUUAAUGAUUCUGUUUGUUCAAUAAUGUUCUAGCUGAUGAAGUAGGCUGUCAGCUGUGUUGAGACUAAACUUGAAUUACAAUCAAAUUGACUCUAUUUACUAUAUAAAUGUGUUUUUGAGGUCAUUGUUAAUACUUUCAUUUUAUUUCGAGGAAUCAGAAUAGAGUGGGUGGAACACAGCAAAAAACCUGAAUCAUUGUCUAUAACUAUACACUUUUCUGUGAUGUAAGAAAAUGUGCAAGAGUUCAAUGGGUAUAAUUACUGUUUCAAAUCACUGUAUACGUACAUCUAAACAAAUAAAAUAUCAUGGAAAAAAUGUC